CACGCUUCACGGUGAAUGUGCAUUUCCGCCAAUACUGCAUGGUCGAGCGCAACUUUUCAUUACUGGAUGUUAAUAGUCUUGCUUUUAAUAUUGGUAUGGAUGUUUUAUUGAUAAGAAACUUUCUAUAAGACGGACCGUAGCAAUCAUAGAUUAACCAAUGUCGCCUUGGCUACUUGUAUGCUGGCUUUGACUAUGGCUACUGGUGAGCGACCAGUAGCUUCAAGUGAAUCGAACACAGAAGCGGCGGAACAGGCUGGUUUAGAUCAGAAGCGGGGUAACUUGACACGGAGGGCGACUCUUUGGAAUCAGUUUGACGCUCUGAUGCGGGCGCAGAGCUCCACGUCUUCGGAUCAAAAAAGCCCUGAUAAAGACAAUGACGGGAAAGAAAGCGAAAACACUGGAAAUUCGAAAAAGGAACCAGUUGCUACCAAAAAUUCUGAUGGCAAUGCAGCAAAAACUAUCAGGAAGAUUGGGCAGGAUGUUAUAAAAGCUGGAAAGAGAGAGAGGCAUAAUAGCGAAGGUAGCGAUGAAAAGCAAUCAAAAUGUGUCAAGAUGGAUAAAUUAUCGAGGAGCAAGUCUGUCUCCUUGAAGGCUACCGCGAGUGAAAGCAAACACAAAGGGCGAAAAACGGUCGAAACCACUGGUAUCGGUGAACUUGAUGAUACCCAAGAACCGAAGGGAACCAUAGGAAAGAUAAAGGCUGUCGCAUUGAGAUCUGGUCAAGAUGGAUCUGAUGAGAAAUCUACCUCACGUAAAUCUGCAGAUACUGCUGCUGCGGCUGAAGCAAAAAACAUAGAUGGCGGUCAACUGCGACAGAAAAUGAGUGUGGAAAGGACGUCCAAGGGGACAAAAGACGCUACCAUGGAAAAAGGUAUUUGUAAGUCAAGUAGUGAUGGUGCAGGGAAAAUUUCAGUUGAUUCUGGGUCUGUUGAGAAGAAUGGUCAUUCUGGAACCCGAAGUACCGGUGAAGAUAUGACUGUGAGGGAAUCAGGGAUUGACCGGUCACGGACUGGGGGAAGCCCUCAUAGUGGGUGUUUACGUGUAUCUGACAAUCUUAACCAGAGUCGUCCUCAUAGUCAAGAAAGUGGUGCAAGCCAGCGUACGGAUAAUCUAGAGGAACCUCUGACAUUCAGCAGGCCCGGGAGCAGCGGCAGUGAAUAUAAUCACCGAAGUGAUGUGAACUUGUCAGAGUCCCUUAACCGCUGGGUCACCCACUUGACCACGGAGCAGACCGACUCGCCGCGGACUUCGCCCCGUAUGACAGCAUCAGUCAGUCCACUUCCCGGGGAUUAUCCAUCGUACGGGAAACCCGUCAUGCCAGGCUACAAGCCCAUGUCAACCAAACAAGAAUCUCUAGUGCUUCCCAGACCGGCCCGUGUGGUGGAGCCGCUCCAUCCCAACCCGAGUCUUCGGGACUGUAUUCCCAUCAUGCCAAAGUCUGCUGCCAUCGUGUGCUUCCUCCUCAACAUCCUAGUACCCGGACUAGGUACCUUUUUCUCUGCCUUUUCUCUGAUGUGCUGCGGACGAACAAGGCCAAUUGGUACCGACAUCCUCAGUUGCUUCAUGAACAACUGCUGGGCCGGCCUGUUACAGCUGCUGAGUACACCAGUCUUGCUAGUUGGCUGGAUCUGGAGCAUCAUAUGGGGACUUGUCUUCUUAGAGUUAUCAGCUAAGCCACCCGAUGGAGAGGGAUCCCCUCUAGCGCAAUCGUCUACUACAGGUUCAAGAGCCUCGAACCUUAGCAGGAUCGGUCAGUCUUCCAGGACAUCUAUCCGCAGCAGGGCGGUCCCCGGGCGUAGCGCUACAGUCGCCCCAAUGGCAUCCUCAGCAAGUCAAGACAGACCUCCCAUCAUCACGCUGCAGGAAGCACCGGUCAUAAUCAGCCAUAACACCAAUGCAGAGCCACACACCAGUCAACAACCACAGCCGGCAGCGAACCAGUCCAAUUACAGGUAUCACAGAAUGAUGCAGCGCCACCAGCGGGCCGCUGCGGCUAGCAACAAUGAACUUCCUUUCCUCAGGACUGCUCAUAUGGACGACUUUGUACGCCUUAGUGCGUCAGUCUUUGGUAUUGCUAUGGUCCAAAGUGAAGGGGACAAUGCGGCAGCAGCUGAGUCAGACCCAAAUCAGAAAUUAUAACAAUAGUGUAUGGGAUUCCAUUGUUAGAAACGGCUCUUGGGAGCUGGGCCGAAUCAAAAAGUAUAACAAUAGUGUAAGGGGAUUCCAUUGUUAGAAACGGCU